AGUGAUCGUCUCCCGCUCUGUCUCUGCUUCUUUUUUUAAAUCCUGCCCUCCUUGCCCUCUUACUUGGCUUGGCUAUCGUCUCUACUACGUACUCCCGACUUGCCACGCAGGAUAUAGAUUUGGUGGCUUGCCGUGCCAUUGAUAGUCGAGGAACAAAUGGGCGAUGUGUCGAUUGACGGCGUCGUCCCGCCCGUCGACUCUACGCCUUCCCACGAAGAUGCUCGCUUGCUCUCCAAACCAAGCCCUGGCUGCGCCAGCAACUCGACCUAUCCCACAACCGCCGCGCCUUUCCAUUCUCAAUACAGCUCGUUGCCAGACCCCAAUUCAUCACUAGAAGUCCAACGCCCCUUCCGCCAGCAAAACGCUUACGCCUACACACUACCUUCCGCUCAAGGCCCGAGUCCGCCGGUAUUCAACAUGACCGCAGUCGCCGGUGCUUUGCCUGACUAUUCUACCACUAUUGCCGGCCACGCCAUGCCCACACCUGUCCAACCGGUUCAGCGCGGCGUCACAGGUGCUUCUACCCCAGCGCUUGUAUACCAACUCCAACAAAUAUCGCAGUAUCCAGGUCAGGCAGCAAUGGGCUACGCCUCUCAACCGUCUUUCGGCGCUGGUUUCGCUCCUUCGCAGUUUGCAACCGCCUACCACACAUACCUUCCAGGCCAGCAGCGUGCCAUUGGACCUGCUCAACUGCCGCAGCCGUAUGCCCCUUAUUCACAUCAACCCCCGCAAUACAUGUACUAUGCCCCGCCGUACGGAAAUCCGGGCUCCAUGUCCCAAUCCGCCGUUGCUUAUGCUGCCCCGCGGGUCGAAAUGGAUGGAAGAAGGGCCAGUCUGUCAACGGCUCCUGGCAGUUAUCACACUGAUGGCUCCAUGAUAGCCAGGAACUAUCUCAACAUGAAUGGCAGUGUCGUUGCCCAGGGCAUUGUCGGAGAUUCGGGCACAGGCGCCCCCGCUGCGCUAGGAACUGGUCCUGCUCUCUAUGCAUUUGGUUCAGAUGCAAGUCUUACCGCCAUACCUCGGGGCCCCCCUAGGAAACCAAAGCAGUCUGGACACGCUCUCUGGGUCGGAAAUUUACCACCGGGAACAACCGUUGUGGACCUGAAGGAUCACUUUUCGCGCGAUGCCACCAAGGAUAUCGAGAGUCUUUUUUUGAUUUCGAAAAGCAAUUGUGCCUUUGUCAAUUAUCGGACCGAAGCCUCGUGCACAGCGGCGAUGCACAGGUUCCACGAUUCCCGGUUUCACGGUGUCCGGCUUGUUUGCCGCCUUCGCCGGAGCGCGGCUCCUGCAUCUGGCGUACCAACGGGUCCCUCUGCCAUGUCUGUUCCACGCCAGUCAAAUGCCUCCCCUGAAGUGACACCUGUCAACCUGGAUGAAGAAAAUGGCAUAGAGAGGGGAGAGCCGCCUGCCGUAGACGGCCUAGAUAAGCGCCACGACAGUGUAACGAAGGUAGCUGAAAAGUUUUUCAUCGUCAAGAGCCUAACACUGCAGGAUCUCGAACUGAGUGUUCGGAAUGGAACUUGGGCGACGCAAGCUCAUAACGAGCAGGCCCUUAAUGAAGCCUACGAGUCUGCUGAAAACGUUUAUCUAAUUUUCUCUGCCAACAAAUCAGGGGAAUAUUUUGGAUAUGCGCGCAUGGCAUCACCGAUUGCUGAAGAUGCGACCGUCUUGAAAAACUCGACUCCUGAAACGCGUGCUUCCGAAGCUGUGGAUAACCCGAAAUCCAUACCGACUCCUGCAACCGAGUACGCGCCGAAAGGGCGAGUCAUUGAUGAUUCUGCCCGUGGGACUAUCUUUUGGGAGGCAGACCAGUCUGAUGAAGAAGAUGCAGACAAAGUUGACGGCGUAGCACAGUCAGUGACCUCCGAUGCAUCAAACCCUUCUCAGGCUUGGGGUAAGCCUUUCAAAGUUGAAUGGCUCUCGACCAACAGGCUUCCGUUCUACCGGACGAGAGGGCUACGCAAUCCAUGGAACGCCAAUAGAGAGGUCAAGAUUGCAAGAGACGGUACGGAGCUUGAGACAUCCGUGGGCAAGCGGCUCAUCCAGAUGUUCCACCGAUUGGGUCCCUCGACGGCCGGUCCCCCAAUGGUCCCAAUGAUGCAUAUGCCGGCCCAGCCGAUACGCAUGCCGCUCUGACAUUGCUUUUCAUGGUUUUGUUCGUCGAGAACUUCCACUUCGUUUUGC